GAAAGAACACAUUCCUGAAUGUCCCUUGUUAAAUCGAUUUUUCCUGCCUACACCGUACGCCUUCGCUUCCAUCCUGACGCCGACUCAUUUUGGCGUCCCCAAUCCACACGAGCGUCGACCAAACAUUACUCUUUAAAUCUCAGAGGGCUGUGUCUCAUUAGACACAUUCCGGAUAGUAUUUUUUACAGAAAUCUCAGUGACUUGUGUAGUUUUUACAAAUAUGUUGUGAGUGGCUGGUUUUGAAACACCUGGCCAUGCUGUGGCCCAGCAACUUGCUGAAGAUUGCGUUGCUGAUUUUUGUCCUCUCUAUUAACAUAUCUGGAUCUCUUUCUGAGGGCAACGUUGGUUGUUUAUAUAGUGAUCGCUUGUGUCUACAAGAAGAAUGGUGCUAUGACGAUCAAGCAUUUGGAAGGUGCUUGCGAACUAUAGGAGAUAUUGAUGAAGAUGAUCUGUUUAGAUAUCCAUUGGAACGAGAAAGCUUGCACGAACUUAGCCAUGAACUGCGCAGGUUGUUUGCACUGGGAUACAGAUGGAGUCAUGGCUACACUCAAUGUCGAUUACAGGCUAUGCUUUACGCUUUAAGGCAUGACUUAACUUUCGAACCGGACUCAUGCUCACACUUGGCCGAUAAUGACUUAGAAGGAGCUCUUAAAGUGCUAGAAGGGCAAGUUGAAUUGGAUCCUCAAGAGGUAGCUAUUAUUAGAUAUACUCCAAGCGCCGAAGAUCCACAUGCAGCUUAUGCAGAUGAAGUCUUCUAUCCACCAGCUAACUCCUACUCACAAGAAGAAAUUCGUCAAAAGAUUCUAGCACCAAAUGCCGUUGACUUGGAUAUGCCUGAUCCCUACGCUGACUACGCACUGGUUAAACGCACAUGGAUUCCUCAAAUGAAACGCACACUUCCUCUACAGCAACGUUUUCCUCGAAGCCAUAGAAAGCACAGCAGACAAGGUCCAGGAUAUGAUGACGAUUUAUCUGAAAGUGAAUUAUUUCAAAAUUCUGUAGCAAUCGAGGAUCAGGAACAAUUCUACCCAAUCAUAAAGUUUUUAAGCGACUUUCACGUAACACCAGAACAAAUAGCAGAGCUGCUUCAACCAGAAAAUAGAGAUAAAUUAGGACUUUUAAUCGAGGUUCUUUUGACUAAAACAAAACAGAAAGAUAUACAGGAUCAAUUAAGAGAAGAGCUAGAGAGAGAAAAGGAAACUGAUGAUGUAGGUGAACAAGAUUUUAACAAUGAUGACGACAGCAUGUGGGGUCCACCAGUAGACUUUCCAGAAUCGAGAAUAUAUUAUGAUGAAGAAAACGAUGGGGACCGUGAAAACUCUGAGUCUGGCAGUGGUUAUCCUGUUAAUUCAGAAUUUUUUCGAGAAAGACAGUUAAGAAACGACAACGACUACGAGCAGAUGAAUAAUAUCGAAGAAAGUCGACCAGGGGUUUAUUCAGAAGGAGGUGUUGUAUGGUCAGAGCCUGUCAAUAUGAAAGAAAAUGUUCCUCAAAAUCGACUCUUUAAAAAUAACUUAAAUCAAAUUCUACAGAAGUAUAAAGCUUUUAAAAGACCUGAAAGAUUGGAUGUGAAGAAACCUGGCCCACCUUUUGACUCAUUAACGGAAAUCAAAGAAAAUAAAGGUAAAAUCGAACCACGUACUAAACCCAAAGACAUACUCUUACCAUCGAUGAUGAAGAAGGAACCUCGCGGUGCUCAUCCAUAUCCAGACAUGGAACUACAACAGAGACGAGACCCCGAUCUUGAAUAUGUUUAUGUAACUCUCAAAAAUGUUUUAACGUCGUGGAGUCAAGGAAAUAAUAUCAUCAAGAAUAUUUCCAACAUCUUGAAAUUAGAUCCAAAAGUUUUUGCGGAUGGAAGAACUUUUGCUGAUUCUGUCGCCUUCAAAGUUCUACCAAACAGCCGAGGACUAAAUGCCACUGAAGUUGGCAAAUUGUUGGAGAGCAUGAAGAGCAAACUUGAACAAGCAACUGGUGUAGAAAUAAUAGCUAUUGGAGUGGGAAACAAGGUAAACAUUCACCUAUGGCUUUGGAUUCCUACAAAUGAUAUUAUUCUCCAAACACACAAACGCACAUCAGUUUAUAACAAGGAAAAUGUGGAAAAAGCAGUCGUUCCAGAAGCUUAUCCUCAAUUCUACAUAGUCGUCUUUAUGGUAUGCGGCGUCCUUGGGGCCAUGAUUGUAGCAACUGCUAUACUGAUACUUAUUAGAAGACACAUCAAGUUGAAAGAUAAACUACAAGGGCUAUCGAAACCGGACACAGAAGCGAGUAAGGAUUAUCAGGAUCUUUGUAGAGCAAGAAUGGCAACCAAAGGUCAGCCGGCAACUGAUACGGUUCAUGGAAGAAUUACAUCAUUAUCUAAAGAAUCAGAGCAGAGUCCUUCAAGUCGGUCAAGUACGUCAUCCUGGAGCGAAGAACCAGCUUUGCAUAAUAUGGAUAUAUCAACAGGUCAUAUGGUAUUGAGCUACAUGGAAGACCAUCUCAAGAAUAAAGAUCGCUUAGAGCAAGAAUGGGUCGCUCUUUGUGCCUACGUGGCAGAGCCAUGCGAGGUAACUGUAGCUACUAAAAAAGACAACAAGGAAAAUAACCGGUACCCUGAGGUGGUACCUUACGAUCAUGCACGUGUGGUACUGAAUGAACUGACUAACGCCAACGGCUCUGAUUACAUCAACGCUUCAAGCAUAACGGAUCAUGAUCCCAGGAAUCCCGCUUACAUUGCUACUCAGGGCCCUUUGCCCCAUACAGCCCCUGACUUUUGGCAGCUAAUUUGGGAGCAAGGAGCUGUGGUUAUCGUUAUGUUGACUAGAUUAACUGAGGGAGGCAAUGCAAUGUGUCACCGUUACUGGCCUGAAGAAGGAUCUGAACUAUACCACAUCUACGAAGUACAUCUCGUUAGCGAACAUAUCUGGUGCGAUGAUUAUUUGGUUCGGUCUUUCUAUCUGAAAAACGUUCGUACUGGAGAAACCAGGACGGUUACUCAGUUCCACUUUUUAUCUUGGCCAGAAACUGGAAUACCCGCAUCUACAAAAGCACUACUGGAAUUCAGGAGGAAAGUCAAUAAGUCUUACCGCGGUCGAUCUUGUCCAAUCGUAGUCCACUGCAGCGACGGCGCAGGAAGAACGGGAACCUAUUGUCUUAUCGAUAUGGUACUGAGUCGAAUGGCGAAAGGCGCGAAGGAAAUUGACAUUGCAGCAACACUGGAACAUCUACGAGAUCAGAGACCCAGAAUGGUAGCUACCAAACAACAAUUUGAGUUUGUGCUCACUGCAGUCGCAGAAGAAGUACACGCCAUACUAAAAGCACUACCGCCCCAACCCAGUCCGGCCCCGGUCCAAGAGAAAGAAAAAUAAAUACGAGAAAUUUCUUCACUCAAUACAAGGUGUUUAUUGCCCAGGCUCGGGUGAAAAGACACCAGCUUUGAGUUUUUUGUUUCUGUUUGGGAAUUUUGAAUAUGCAGUAAAGACACAAGAUAAAAAGAUUACCUAUUUUUUAAAGGAAACAUUUCAUGGGAGAAUUUUCAAAGCACUUCAUGGACAAUAAGUUUUAAAACGACAUUUCAACAAUACUUUCGAAUAUUUGAACAUAUAAUAAAUUCCCAGUUGUUUUAUUUAUGAAAAUCUGUAAUCACUAUGUUACCAGAAGAUUCAACGAUCAAUACUCCAGCACUAUUCAUCGUUGACGCGUACCUUGUUUCAAAAUCUACAUAUCUAUGUUUAGUUAUCCAAAAGAUCUAUUUACAAACAAAUAAAAUAUAUUUAUUGCAACAGAUGUAUAUUGUGUUUUCUGGAAUGUAGCUUGGUUGAAGUUUUUAGAGAACGAGAAAAGAUAUAUAGUACCAAACCACAUUCUUGGUGACAAAGAUGUUACUCUAUUUAUUUUUAUAUAUGUUUUAAAGAAAAUUUUUAACUUAUAAUCUAUGUUACUAUGUGUUGUUAAGUUAAUUUUUUAAUAGCCUAUUCAAACGAUAGACUUCUAUUUUAUGAACUUUGUAUUCCACAUGGAAAGAGCCAUUUCAAGCUAUAUUUUUGAUCUCCAGCCUCUCGAAAAUACGGCUUCAACUGGGCUCUUAGUAUCGACGCUUAAAAGGAAGAAGAAUAUAUAUUAAAAGUAUUUAUAUAGCCGUAUGUUCCAGACUGAAAUUAAUGACAAGGUGUAAAAUGAAAAAUUAUCAAUUUCUGUCUAAUAGGGAGGCAGGAACGACUGUUUAGUUGGAUUUGUUUCCCCGAUGACGAUUAUAAUAUUUAAUGAAAAAGGUAUAAUUAAAAAUAAGAUGUUCUAUGCUAUAUUUAUCAGCUCUAUUUUGUCAAAUCAUGUUAUUAAUUGUGAAUUAUAAAUGUACUGAUUCAAGAAAUUAGAUUAUUAGUGUAAUGUAAGCAUGUGUAUGUAUACAGC